AUGAGUGAUUCUGAUGUUUUUGAAGGUCCAAUGGAGUACAAGGUAAAUCCACCAAGAAAUGUAGUAACUCACACCACAAAUGCUCCAAAGUAUAAGCAGGAUUUCACCCUUGAAUCAAACUCUCGUAAUGUCGAGAAUAUCAGCAAGAUCACCCCCGAAUCACAGCUUCAUGAGCUGUGCCCUGUAUGGAAGACUUCAUUCCAGCCAACAGCAACGAAUUUUUGA